CAUGUGAACCGAGCCUCCCAAGUUGGAAGUUCUCAGCAUUGUCAAUUAUUGAUCAAGCGACUGAACAUUGAACAAACACUCCAACUCCAGUCCCAGGACAUCGACGACCGCCUCCAUUGACUAUCACAUACCUCAAUUGCAAUCUCCACUUUGACGAUGGUCGUUUACUACACAGUUGCUGGCCGCCAAGUCGGCUCCCAUGUCCUUGCCAUGGCGACUCUUGGAGGCACGUUCCUCGCCACCUACCUCGCCCUGCCAGCGAAGACGGACAAGAAACAAGGUCCGCCCAUUAAGGCCAGCAGCAAGGAUGAGGAACAAUUUAUUCAGGAUUUCCUAAAAAACGUGGAGGCUGAGGAGAAGAAAGCGAAACAAUAAAUCAAUACCUCCCAACAUAUUUUACCGCCCCUCUCUGUACUUAACCACGCCUUGUACGCCAUAUAUCUUUCGCAUCUUAUAUUCUUAGAACUCUUCUCCUGGAAUACUAUCCAUUUCUUUUUCCCUUUUUUUCUUUCCGCCUUGAUGUGUGGAAUGAGCCUGUCACAUAUUCAAUUAUAGAGAGGUGUGUGUGGUUAGAACAUAGGCUUGGUGGGUGAUCGAUUGUGGGCAACUAGGGGAGUGGACAGCGCCGGUUCCAAAGGCUAACCCGGCACCAGAAAGAGAAUGACAGCUAUGAAUUAAGAGGCGGAAAUAAUAUUCUGUGACGAUACGGAUGGAUAUGAUGGGUUUGGUCAAGCUGCAAGCGAACAGACUUUGAAUCCUAAACCAACCUUGCGUGAUAUCAUCUCGUGCCGUACUUGAAACUGGGCCCUCACUUUCUUAUUAAAGAUAUAUGUCUUUUUCAGUGUCUUUCGUUUGUUAUGACUUUACUUCUGGUAUUUUCUUUGGUCCUCAACAUUUCCCAAUGUCCCCCUAAUUGGACACCUCCCCGGUAUGAAAUACUAUAGGUGUACUCCGUAGUUACUCUAUACAUAGAAAACUAUAAAAAGUGUUGCACAGCACGUUGAUCUAUCGCCGAAAUUUUUUAUCUUUUCUUCAUUAUAGUUAGUGCAAUUGUUCAUUUACAUAUAUUAUCUGCAACGCUCGAAUUGUAUUGAUGCGCAAUCCCAAGCAACUACUGUACCCCAGUUCAUCAUUCAUAAAAAAAAAUAAACAGUGAUACGGAAA